AUGGUCUAUCACACUCGACCUAAUUUCAAUGAAUUUCCCAUUUUUCAAGUCAUUACCUUGUGUGGUCUUGGCUUGUCUUGGUUCUUUUCUGGGGAAAGUGUCCCCUUUAUCAUGAGGAUUCUUUACGGACUGGCGGCUUCAGCCUCUGGGUUUUCUGCCAUGGUUGCCCUUGACAUCUACCGGCGCUGGUCGUCACCAUUCCAAUCGACGAAGGGUGCCCUCAACCACUAUGUGGCCGUUGUAUUCCUCAGCUUCCUUGGGAAGCGGAUGAGAGCCAAGUUGGACAAAGAUACCAAACAGUGCAGAGUAGUCCAGGAAGAGUUUCUUUUAGGACAGGUUCAGAAAAAUAAAAACACUGUGUAUGGGAUUGACGUCGGGUUAAACAAGAUCAAGGGUCGAGAAGAUUACACCAGGUUGCUUCCAUUGACGAUUUGGGAUGAUUACGGACCUUAUAUCGAUCGUGUUGCUAAAGGAGAAGAAAACGUUAUGUUGCCAGGGCGACCGACAAUUUUAGCCAUGACAUCUGGUACGUCGGGGAAAAGUCACAUGCUGCCAAUGUGGAAGGAACAGCAGACAUUUUUCUUUCUCCAUGGCAUAGCGACAAUUUUUGAGACAAUCUUUCAUAACUUUCCCGCGACGCGAAACUUGCAGCGUUCUUUGAAGAUUUUUUAUACACCAAAGUUUAGAGAAUCGGAGGCUGGAAUAACGAUUGGACCAAACUCAUCAUCGCCAGCUAACUCCAAACAGAUCUUGAACUUGUACACAACUCCUAAACCGGGUUUUGACAUCAUGUCUGAACCAGAGGCGACUUAUAUUCAUCUACUAUUUGGGUUGAAAGACAGGGACCUUGGAACCAUUGAGGGAAAUUUUGUCUCCUUAGUAUACACAGCCCUCAUGAAAAUGACAGCAGAGUGGGAACAGUUAGUCACCGAUAUCGAAAAUGGCCACAUCCACGAAGGGUUAAACAUUGAAGAGAAUACACGUGAGGAGCUAAACAAAUUCAUGAAGCCAGAUAAAAAACGAGCCGCAGAACUCCGGCAAGAAUUCCAAAAAGGUUUUGAUGGAAUCGUCAAGCGUAUCUGGCCGAAAAUGAACAUCAUCCUUGGAGUUGACACCGGUACAUUUGAAAUCUAUGGAAAAAUUCUUAGAAGUGGCAUGUGCCAGGACAUCCCGUUUUAUUCUCCGAUUUACGCCUGUACCGAGGGACUCCUUGGGUUGAACCUCUUCCCUCAACGCCACAUACGCCAGUAUCUGCUCUCACCUAGGUCCAUGUUCUUUGAGUUCAUUCCGGUCGACCAUAUGGAAGAAGAACAGCCAGCGACACUCUUUGUUGAUCAGGUUGACAUUGGUGAAUCUUACGAACUAGUCAUCACUAAUCAGGGAGGUCUGUACCGAUAUCGAUUCGGUGAUGUUGUCAAGGUGGUCGACUUCUAUCACACUGCACCAGUGGUGGAGUUCCAAUAUAGAAAAGGACAGUUAUUGAAUGUGAGAGCUGAAAAGACGUCCGAGGAAACUUUCUACAGGGCUCUGGAGCAGGCGGAGGAAAACUGGGCCAAGGAUGACAUCAAAGUCAUCGACUACUGCUGUGCCGAGCAUAUUGUUGUAAAUGCUGCUAAAGGAGACAACAACACCACUGACAAUAACCCGAGUUACUCCGUCUUCCUUGAGCUGGCCUCCGAUAAGAAGCAUCCUGCUCUUGGUGAGGAACAGAAGAGCAUGAUUGAUGACAACCUUCAAGAAAUAUCAUUCGUGUAUUCGUCAUUUCGAACAAAAGGCAGUAUCGGACCGAUGAACAUUCACAUCGUGAAAGAAGGGACGUUCCUUGAACUACGGGAGUUCAUGAUACGAACGACGUCUGCUUCUUCCAAUCAGUAUAAAGUGCCACGUGUCAUGAGGAGGAUUGAUGCAGUCAAGUUUCUUCUUGAUCGGGUGACAGGGUGAUAUAUAAAUCAUGGCAUCGGAUAAAAAGUUGUGCCUUUCAAAAAUUUCUUCCAUUCUUUUUCUCUGCUUUUCAAAAACAUUCAAGACAACACUGAUACCUGAUUACAUUAAAAUAACUCGGCCCCGUUGCACAUUCAGUGUUUAGAGACAAACACCAGCAUUAGCUCAGUUAAGCAUUAUUGCCUUCAGUAAAUCUAAUUUAAAAGAUAGUAGGAUAGGCCUUUGUACAACUGUUAGUGCUACACCUUCUAUAAUCAUGACUGCAUUUUUUUAUAAAUUUAUAUUGUAUAUACAGCAAUGCACUUAGUUAUUCGGGGCCCUCGGUGUGAAAGUUUUCUGUGUGCGUAUUAAAAAUUUGUCUGUGAGUGUAUUUAACAUGUAUGGUUGUCGAAAAUUUUGAAUAUAACAU